AUGAAAGUGAUUUUUUAUUUAUUUAUUUGUAUUUUUAUUUUUAAUACUUUUUGUAGUUUAACAGUUUCAUCACAACCAUUGACAUUGAUUCAAAAACAACCAUUUCCACCAUUGUUUCCAGAUACAGUAAUAAAGAAAUGUGAAUCGGGUUUCUCAGUUGUUAUGGCAGCAAACUAUUGGAUAAGCCCAACUGAUUUCUCUGUAUCCUCAGAUGAUUUGGAUGUGUCAACUGGUGUUUACCCGAAUUUGUACUAUAGAAACACAACCUAUGGUAAUCAGGAUUUUAUACCCAUUACCGAGGUUAGAUGUGACCGUAUCUACUCGGAAAUCACUUCAUUAGAUCCAUUUACAGUUGGCUUUUAUGUUGAUUUUGGUAUUACUUCAUAUUACAGUCCUACUGAUCCAUUUAUUUAUAAUAUAUUGUGUAAUAUCCCACCACCUUAUUAUUGUGAUAUGACACUCACAAGAUCGAAUCAUCUUUACUAUGUUCAGGUCUAUUUAUUUCCAAAAUAUAGUCUAGGAUUAAAUUCAACAAUAACUGUUGGUUUUAAUUUAGUAUCACAAUCUAAUAAUAUUACAUUUUCUUCGUUGUUCCCUUGGGAUUAUCCAACUGUUGUUCUAAAUGCAACUUAUACACAGUUUCCAUUAAAUGUAGAUACCUAUUAUGAAGAUUUCACGAAGCAAGCCGAUACUAUCAAUCCAAUUGCAAUGGCAUAUGUCAGAAAUAUCAACAAAACAAGAUUGUUCUACACCUAUGAAGAAGAAAAGUACUAUCAAUUCCAAAGGGUAAUGCGAUCGGGUGAUGAUGAUGUAUAUUUUGCUACCAUUCCAAAUCAAUAUUUACAAGUAUCGAUAUUGGGUAGUUUUAUUUGUGAUUCAAGAACUUCAUCAGGACCAAAUGUUCAACUAGAUAAACAGUUAAAAAGUUUUUCCGGAGUUUUAUCUAUUAGCCAAGCUUUAAAUAAAACUCUUAAUGUUACUUUUGUUGGAAAUGAGGUGUAUUCAAAAGAAAUAUGGCCAAUUCAUUUAAAUACGAUAAUGGGAGGUGAUACAGGUAUAACUACAAUCAUAAAGUAUCCAAGUAAAUUCAAUGAAACAGGAUUUUAUUAUAAAUAUCAAGAUAUAUUAUCUACAGAAUUUGUAGGUGGUUAUUAUAGUAGCGCUGAAACACAAUCAUUAAACGUUUUUAUUUUAGGCAAUAGACAAAGUUCAAAUAUGAUAAGAGCUACAUCUUAUUUCUUUAUUUUUAGAAUAACAGUUGAAUCAAACUAUGCUAUUAAAUAUAUAUACGUUGGUAAUCAAAUUUUAUAUACAUCUGAUUUAAUUAAAGGAACAGCUACCAAUGGAACCUAUGAAAAGUUGAUACCAAUGAAGAAACCAUCUGGUUUUAUAGUAACGAUUUUCAACGUUAGAGCAGAUAGUAUCGAUAUUUAUAGUGGUCAAAUCUAUAAUACAAACUUAACUCUUCCUUAUUAUCAACCUUUCCAAUAUAGUCAAUGGGAUGUAAAAGCUUUCAACUCCAAUGUUUUAUAUUUCAAUCUAAGUAAUUCAUAUCCAGAUCUUACUCCAACACUCACCAUUAACAAGUAUCAGUUUAAUGGUUUCUAUCAUCCACUUUUGAAACUUUACACAAUUCCAUUUAAUUAUACUUUCCCAGUGAUGAGUGGAAAUAUUGAUUACACAAUAUCUGACUUGUAUACUGGCUCUAUAAUUCCUUCACAAUUAAUUCCAUUUAAUAGAUCUCUAACAAUAUUAAACUCUGAUGAUAUAUUUCCACCGCAAUUACUUGAUGUUAAGGCAUUUCCGAAUAAAAAUGUCAUAAUCAACUCAAGUACUCCAGUUGAAAUAGGAUGGCUUUUAAAUAUCUAUGACCAAAAUGAUUUUGAAGUUGGAUAUGUUGAUAUUGUAUCUGAUAUCGAUGCAAAUCCAUUAAGAAUAUCAUUUGGUCCUUCGAACCUAGUCAAUGGAAAAUAUAAAAUUAUAGUUCCAGAAUCAUUUUUACUGGCACCCAAGAAUAUAUCAAUGAAGAAUAUGGUUUUAGGUGACCCCACUAAAAGAGAACGUCUUUACAAUCCAUUGGUCUCAGCUGUUUCCACUUCUCAAUCAGAAUUCAGAAUUUCAGUAGACCAUAUAAUGACUCUAGUUUCCAAUGUUCCUGAAAUUUCCAAUUUUAUUGCCACAAAAGAAGUUGAAAUUUAUAGUCCAAAUAGAACUGUUGAAUUCGAUUUAUACAUUGAUUAUAAAAUCUAUACUUAUAGAUCAAUGGAUCAACCUUUGAUAAUUUUGACCUCUGAGAAUGGUCAAAUUUUGAAUAUCACAACAUCAUUAUUGAAAUCACCAAUCUCUACACCUUCAAAAGGUCAUUAUUAUGCUUCAACACAACUUCCAUAUGGUUUCGGUAUGAAUACUAUUUUCAUAUCUGUUUAUGGAAUAAUAGAUAGUCAAUCCAAUUACAAUGCUUAUCUUUCAACCGAUCUUAGAGACAAUAGUUUCCCAUUCUAUAUAGUCCGAAAGACAAAUAUGGAUUAUCCUAUUAUCGAAUCAACAAGUCUUUUGUCAUCGUACGGUGGAUCUCUUACAUUGUUUGGAAAGCAAUUUGGAACUUCCAAUGAUGUCGUGAAGUGUUCAAUUAACUAUAACGAUGGAAACGGUUUCCAACACAUUGACAUUGACUUCUUUUCAGGAGUUGUCAUCCAAAUUAGCAACCGAGUCAAACAAACCAAUUCUACUUCAGUAGAUAUAAUCAUUACUAAGAAUAAGGUUGAUUCCAAUCCUUUUAGAAUUAUUCUUUUCAAAACAAAUUUAGAUCCAAUACCACCUUUCAUUUGUCCAGGAACACCACCUUGCAACAGUCAAGGAGUCUGCAGAAAUAGUGGAUGUGAAUGUCGUGUACCUUGGUAUGGUCCAUCAUGUUCUUCUAAAAUUAUUAUUAUUCCAACACCAACACCUCAACCUGAUCCAACUACCAAUAUAACUAUUACAGAUCCAACAUACACUGAUUUCAAUAAUAUCACAUCCAAGGUUCACGUAAUUGAAGUUAGAGAAAUUGAUAGUUUAAUGAAUAUUGUUAGUACCUACAAGUUAGCAAAUUGGAAGUUAAAUGAUCAAACCAGUCAGACUGAUCAUCCAAGAUAUCAAUAUCAAAGUAUACUCGAUGGGACCAAUACAACAGUUUAUAUUACAAUUGAAUUCUUUAAUGAUUCAAGGUCCAUUGAUUUUGGAGGUCAACAAAUUAUCAUAUCACCAUCCACCAUUAAAUAUUCCAUCAAUAUAUCAUCGUUUGAUUUCAAGUUGAAAACAAACAUGCUUCAAGUUGUGAUGGAAGCAACUAUCCAAGGAUUAUCUGGUCGUGAUUCAUGUUCCUCCAAACAGAUAGGUAGUUACAAUGAGAAGAACGAUAUAUCCUGGAUAAAAAUGAAUAUCGAUAAAACCAGUCUUUAUGGUCGAUUCAUUUCAUAUGGAAUUUUAGAUUCAAGAGUAUCAACAGUCGACAAUAGAGUACUAGAUGAAGAAGUGAUAGGAACGAACGAAACUGAUUCAUCUAGUUUCCGAUCUAUUAAAAUUGGUAUUACCAUUCCAUAUUUCGAGAGAUCUGCACUAUUGGACCCUGAUUUCUCUAACCUUAUUGAUGUUGGUGAUGAUUCUAGCGAAUUAGAUCAAAUCUGUUCACCUAAAUCUAACAAGAGAUUAUCGAAUGGUAUCAUUGUUGCUAUUGUUGUUGCCUCAAUAGUAUUCAUUGCUAUCGUAACAACACUUGUCAUUCUAAGAUUGAAACAAAGAAAAAAUGCCAGAGAGAAACAAAUAAUGCAAAAUAAACUAAAGGUACUAGAGAAAGAUAAAUAA